GGUGGAUCUUUAGUCUUCUUUACACAAGUUGGCCAGCUUCUGGUUACCUAUUGCUGAAGAGGCUGUUGACGUAGCCCAAUAGCUCAAUCUGAAAUUUACAGACACAAGUGAUUGAGAUAAUAAUGGAUAAUAUACACACCACUGGUGUUGCGUUUGCUGGCUCCUUGCAGAAGGUCCUUCAUGGUUCUGAAGGAUUCUGGUUGUGGCUGACUUACCUGGGUGACCCCGGCACUGUAUUUCUCCUGUACUUUCCUCUGGCAUAUGCCCUCCAGAAGAGACUGGCAGUGACUGUUCUGUGGUUAGGACUCAUCUGUGAGUGGUUGAAUCUGGUGUUGAAAUGGUUUCUCUUUGGAGAGCGGCCAUUUUGGUGGGUCCAUGAAUCUGGCCUAGUUGACGGCUACAAGCUCAGGCAGUUUCCUUCCACCUGUGAAACCGGUCCUGGAAGCCCUUCGGGACACUGUAUGAUUACAGGAGCCGCCCUCUUGCCCAUAAUGAUGUUCCUCACUAGCAAAUUACAGAGUGGCAUACAGCGCCAUGUUCCUCUGCUCAUGUACAUUUUGCUGAUGUCGGGAAUUGGCAUUUCCAGGCUCCUCAUCCUGGCACAUUUUCCUCAUCAGGUCCUGGCUGGGAUUCUUUCUGGUGUGCUGCUAGGAUACAUCUUGAAACGUAGUGUCCCCUAUAACCGCAGCUUUGUAUUUUACAUCAUGGCGUCUAUGAUCCUGCUGUUCGGGGCUCUGCUUGUAUACUGGGGAAUGAGUGCGUUUGGGGCGGAUCUUUCUUGGUCCAUUCACCUGGCCACUAAAUGGUGUUCUAAGCCGGAAUGGGUCCGCCCAGAGUCAAGACCAUUCUCUUCUGUCACCAGGAGUGCAGGGAAUGCAAUGGGAUUGGGAUUUGCACUGUGUUGUCCACUCUACCAGAAGUUGCAUAGAAGCUAUCCAGGCUGGCGGGUUAGAGGGACAAUCCUGCUUCUGUCUAUCUUCUUCCUAAAAAUCCAACAAUCUCUUCCUCUUCCUGUAUUCUCACCUUUCCUGUACUACACACUCAACUUCCUGCGCCAUUGUCUCUGCCCCCUUAUUGUCAUUAUUUUCACUCCAUACUUAGUUACCGGCCUUUACUCGGUGAGACAACCGAAAAAAGAGUGA